UGCCGAGCAAAACAGGAACUGUCCGCGGAAGAAGUGAUGUGUUGGCAUUUCGGAGAAAUUUAGAUCAAAGUCCAAUAAAUAAAAUUGGUGAAAUCGGUCGUCCUGCGGGUUCACGUAAAGCAGCCGUGCAUAUCGUAAACUUCUUCUCGUCGACGCGUUCACAGUGUUGAGGACGGAGGAUGGGGAAGAAAGAUGCCAGUGCAACCAAAUUACCGGUUGAUCAAUACAGAAAGCAGAUUGGUAAGCAAGACUACAAAAAGACAAAGUCGGUUUUGAAAGCAACACGGCUGAAAGCUGAAGCGAAGAAGAAUUCCUCUGGAUUCAGGGAUGCGUUCCUGGUCAUCGCGGCAAUCCUGUUCUUCGUGCUCUGCGUGUACGCCUUCUUCUACCUUAACCUGAGCACCGAGAUUAACCUGGACGUGGACGUGGAUUAAUAGGAGGUGGACAGUGGACCAAAUACUUGGCUUCUCUGUUUUAUGCACAUGGGCGAAUUGGUUAACGCAAACUACCGUUUAGUUUCGUAGUUUUUUGGGGCUUUUGUUCGGGUUUUUUCCCCACAUUUCGUUGGUGACGUGCAGACUGUGAACACACUAUGAAAAGACACAUUACUGCAUAUCACACAGUCAAGUUUCAGGGUUUUUUUAAGACAAAGGUUUUGGAAUUGAUCAAACAGAAAUAUUUUGAUAUUUCUUUCUGCAAUGAAUUUUUUCAAUCUAAUGACUCUCCAAUGUAAAACCUUCUUUUCUUUUUUUUAAAUGUGAAUUUAAGCCAACUAGAGUAAAGCAUUUAAACGACGGUGACCUCCUGCUUGACAUCUACCUUCUGUAAAGAAAGUUAGCAUCCUUUUACACAACUGAUCCGAGCCACAGUGGAGACUAAGCUUCAUUAGUCAUAUUCAGCAGAGUCACGUCCCACUGUUUUCACCGCUAAUAGAAAAAUGUAAAUCUCCCGCCGAAGCUCUCGUCACAUCGAGACAAACACUCGCCUCACAUUCCAGUGCACAAACCUCUCCUCCUGGAUAUCUGGAGAUCACAAAGUGUGAGAUUAGAAUCCACAAAGCCCUUGUCCUGAUUGAACAUGUGUGCAGAAUACAGAAUAACACGUUGCCCGACUUACGUUGUGGAGGCAGACAUCCUCAGGGUAAGCACACAAAUAUGAUUGGGUUCAUCAGAUUGAAUGUAAAUUGUGGAGAUAAUUGAUGGCUGACGUGACACAAGGCUGCGUCUUUUUUCCUUAUAAAAAACAACAACACUAUUUUCAUUCCAUCUUGUGUGCAUUGUAUUCUGUAAAAUGUGAUAUGUCUGUAUAGAAAGGGAUAUGAAGGACUGUCAAUGCUUCUUUUUUCUACUGCUUCACUCUUUGUGCCUGAGGCCUGCACGCUGCAAUCAUUUCAGUUCAAGUGCUUCCACUGUUUGAGAGAUCAUUUGUUAGCAGAAGCACAGAGUCAGUAGCUUUUUAUUAUCUUCAUAUAAAUUUAAUGGAAUUCUUUUGGUUUAAAAUUGUAUUUUUCUGAUUUUUUUUGCGCAGAAAGGGCAAUACUGUCAUCUAUAAGGUUUUUAUAGAAAAUGAAGUUUUGCAUAGUGCAUACAAGACCAAUACCAAAUACAUAUCAGUGCUUUAAGUUUAUUCCAGCAUGUUUGUAUUUCAGAAACCCUCUGGGGAGGGACGAGUCAUGUCUGCUGCUGAUAUGAUUCCUGAAAUGUGAGAUAGAUUUUGAGCUUUCAGUUUUUGCCUUUUCUCCCCUUUUCUCCCAUGACCUUCUGACCUCUAGUAAAAGACCACAUGUCAAAGAAACCAUUAUGAUGAGCAUGCACCCGCGCCCUCACUCGGAGGCUUUUAUCUCGCCUUGAUACGUCCGAGCUCCCUCCCCCAACACCAUGAGCCUCCCACAUGUGUAACAAUAGAUAGCCGGGUCUAAUAGACCUUCAUACAUGACACCUGUUAUCUGAAAGGUCACCAUUACCAACUACAAGAGCCUUGACAUCAGCACAAUAGAAAGGAUCACGCUGCCCAACCCGUGUAUUCAGACCUGUGUUUGGAAAGAUCUUUUUUUCAUAACAGUACGGUGGUUUGUUCUGUUGUCGAGUACAUCUGUUAAAUAAACAUCUUAAA